AUGACGCGGGGAACCAAAGCUCCCCACACACGUGACUGCAUUCUUUUGACUCUUAUCGCCGGCGAGCCCGCUCUAUGUAAGGCAACAGACACAGAUAUUUCAGUAUCAGGCAUUAUGGGGCACCUGGUCACUCUAGCAACAUGCUCUCUGAACCAGUGGGCUCUCGACUUUGAGGGCAACGCGGAGCGCAUCAUUGAAAGUAUCAGGCAAGCUAAAGCUGCCGGUGCCACUUUGCGGGUUGGUCCAGAGCUCGAAAUUACCGGUUAUGGAGUUCUUGAUGGCUUCCUGGAGGGCGAUACUUUCCUGCAUUCAUGGGAAAUGCUUGCCCGCAUCAUCGACCACCCUGAUUGCCAGGAUAUUGUAGUCGAUGUGGGAUUGCCGGUCCGUCAUCGCAAUGUGCGCUACAACUGUCGUGUGAUUUUCCACAACCGCAAGAUUAUCCUAAUCAGGCCUAAGAUGUGGCUUGCCAAUGACGGCAACUAUCGCGAACACCGACACUUUACUCCUUGGCAGCGCCCCCAAGAAGUGGAAGAUUACUAUUUGGAAUCAAUUGUUGGAAAGGUCACCGGGCAGUACAAGGUUCCAUUUGGCGAUGCCGUUAUCAGCACAAGAGACACAUGUCUAGGCCUUGAGACAUGUGAGGAGCUUUUCACUCCCAAUGGUCCCCAUAUCCCGUAUGGUCUGGCUGGUGUCGAGAUUAUCUCCAAUUCAUCUGGCAGUCACCACGAGCUGAAGAAGCUUGACACUCGUGUCAACUUGAUCACCCAGGCUACUAAACUUAGCGGUGGUAUCUACCUUUAUGCCAAUCAGCAAGGCUGUGACGGCGAUCGUCUUUACUAUGAUGGAUGUGCUAUGAUUGUCGUCAACGGCGACAUCGUGGCUCAAGGUUCGCAGUUCUCUUUAAACGACGUGGAAGUUGUUACCGCGACAGUCGACAUUGAGGAGGUCCGCACCUACCGGUGCAGUGCAAGCCGUGGAUUGCAAGCAAGCAAGCAGACGCCCUUCGUUCGCCUUGAUCUUGAUAUCAGGCUUUCUCGCCGUGAUGAGGAUGCCGACCCUGGCCUCGCAACUUCCCUGCCUAUCAAGCCGCGGUACCAUCCUCCCGAGGAGGAAAUCGCUCUGGGGCCUGCAUGCUGGCUGUGGGAUUACCUUCGGAGAUGUGGAGCCGCCGGCUUCUUCCUCCCUCUUAGCGGUGGUAUCGACAGCUGUGCCACAGCAACCAUCGUUCAUUCCAUGUGCCGUGAAGUACUAAAGGCCGUUCGGGAAGGUAAUGAGCAGGUCAUCAAGGAUGUCCGCCGGCUUUGUGCGAAGCCAGCAGAUUCGGACUGGCUUCCCACCACCACCCAGGAAAUUUGCAAGUGUAUCUUCCAUACCAGCUACAUGGGCACACAAAACUCCGGCCAGGAGACACGAGACAGGGCGACCAGACUGGCUAGAGAUAUUGGUUCUUACCACAUCGAUUUCAAUUUUGAUACAGUGGUCACGGCUAUCAUGAAUCUCUUCACUGUUGUCACUAAUUUCCAACCUCGUUUCAAAAUGCACGGAGGUUCUCCUGCUGAAAAUGCUGCGCUUCAGAAUGUGCAGGCUCGGCUAAGAAUGGUUCUCUCGUAUCUGUUUGCCUCUUUACUGCCAACUGUGCGUCAGCGCCCUGGUGGCGGUGGACUGCUUGUCCUUGCAUCAUCUAAUGUUGAUGAAUGUUUGCGAGGCUAUCUCACCAAGUACGAUGCCAGCUCCGCGGAUCUCAACCCCAUCGGCUCGAUCAGCAAGGUCGAUCUCAAGAAAUUCAUUUCCUGGUCCGGCGAAAGCUUCGACCUCCCGAUCCUUGAGGAAUUCAUCCAUGCCACACCCACAGCCGAGCUCGAGCCCAUCACCAAGGACUACGUCCAAUCCGACGAAGCCGACAUGGGCGUUACUUACGCACAGCUGGGAGUGUUCGGGUACUUGAGGAAGGUAUCCAAACUUGGCCCGUACUCGAUGUACGAGAAACUGCUCCACCUGUGGGGCAAUGAGCACAGUCCGCGCGAGAUCUACGAGAAGACCCGUCACUUCUUCUAUUACUACUCUAUCAACAGACAUAAGAUGACUGUGCUCACGCCUAGCUACCAUGCUGAGCAGUACUCGCCUGAUGAUAAUCGUCAUGACUUGAGACAGUUCCUUUACCCGCCGUUUACUUGGGCGUACAAGAAGAUGGAGGAGAAUGUUAAGUACUGGGAAUCUAAGGGGUGGACUACAGGCAAGGACAAGAAGAAGAGUGUCAAGGCCGACUAG